AUGCUUUGGCUCGCAACGCUCCUGGCCGGCGCCGCCCUCGCCGCCAACCCGUCGGCCACGACGUACGACAUCCUCGCGACGCGGCUCGAAGGCAGCACGCGCGUGAGCACGGUCCGCGCCGACAUGGUCUUUGCGUCGUCGACGGUCGAGAUGCAAUUCCUGCUCUCGGACCACUCGAUCAUGGGCGCCAUGUUCAUGGAGGACGGGAUCCGCGAGCAGGCCGUGUACCCCGGCUUCGCCGUCAUGCAGGCGUCCAUCUUCCUCGAGCGCCAGCUGGACCGCGCGCUCCAGAUUGGCCUCGGCGUCGGGACUGUCCCGACGUUCCUGCGCACCAACGGCGUGCCGACCGACGCGGUCGAGCUCAGCGCCGCGACCGUCGAGAUGGCCGCGUCGUACUUUGAGUACGAAGACUGCCGCGUCGCGCCGUGUCCGCGCGGCCAGACGUACGUCAUGGACGGCCUCCAGUUCCUCGCGGACGAGCCGGCAUUGCCGUACGACCUCGCCAUCAUUGACGUCUACACGGGCUUCAACGUCCUCCCGUUCUACACGCAGGAGACGCUCACGCGCAUUGACAAGCGAUGGCUCACCCGCCACGGCGUCGUCGUCAUGAACUUUGUCGGCUACUACAACGAGCCCAACAUGGACAUUGUCCACGCGAUCCGCGCGACGUUCAAGUCGGUCUUCCGCCACGUGCGCGUCUUCCGCGAGAUGCCCGCCAACGACCUCCACGAGCCUGCGAACUUGAUCUUCUACGCAUCCCAGGCGCCCAUCACGUUCAAGUUUCCGCCGGGUCUCGAGACGCCGCCGCCGGGCUACUACGAGGCGCUGGUCACCUUCCAGGACUGGGAGAUGCUCAAAGAGGACGAGGUCCAGGUUGAUGCCGAUGGCUCCGUUGCGGCGCGGUCGGCUGUCUUGACCACGACGACCGACCUCACGCAGUUUGAAGCGACGCACGUAGCGACUGUGACCUAUAUGGAGGCGCGCUGCAAGGCGCUGCUGCCCGACGCCAUGUGGUCCGAGCUCGAUGCGAUGGCCACCGACGAUUGA